AUUCCCAGAAAGAUGCAGAUAAUCAAACACCAAUAGUAGCAACUAAAAAGAAGUACAGAUCUGCCAGGAUUCAAGCUCGUCCAAAACAAAAGAGAAAUGUUUUCAAGCAGAUUUUCAACCUAGGCAACGUAGUUUUGGAAUUCAGUGUAACCUCCUGCCAACACCAGUUGAACCACAGCAUGAGAACAAUACAGUAGAAAGGCAUCAAGAACAUAAUGAUAGUGACCACAUGGAGCAUGAGGAUCCUGUUAUACCAGAUGACACCAAUGAUCCUGUUAUACCAGUUGACACCAAUGAUCCAUCAUACGAACCGUCUUUAAAUGAUUCUUCAGACAGUGGUGGAAGUGAUAAUUCUCAUAAUGAAUUAGAAACACAUCUUCAAGAAAAGAAGUUCAUAGUAUGUGAAGAGCAGCUAAUGGACUUAUUCAAGAUUUGCCCUAAAUGUUGUGGUUCUGCCAACGCAUCCAUUGCUCAAACAGUGGGGACUCUAAUUAAAGUUAAUGUUACAUGUGAACUUUGUCAUCAUAUUUAUUCAUGGUACAGUCAGCCAUUUGUGGGAUCCGUUCCAGCUGGUAAUUUAGCAGUUUCAAGUGCAAUUUUAUAUUCAGGUGCAUUACCAACAAAAGUGCUACGUUUAAUGAACUUCAUGAACAUUCCAACAAUUUCUCAUCAAACAUUCUUCAAUCAUCAGAGACAUAUUUUAUAUCCAGCUGUUUUAAGGUUCUGGAAGCACCAACAGUCGCAACACAUAGCCAGAUACAGAGACGCUACAGAGUCCUUAGUACUUGGUGGUGAUGGUAGAGCUGAUACCCCAGGUCAUUCAGCCAAGUAUGGGUCAUACUCAAUGAUGGACCUGAAACAAGGUGUUGUAAAAGACAUCCAACUGGUUCAGAGUAAUGAGGUGAGUUCAAGCAAUGCGAUGGAGAAAGAAGGGUUGAUACGCUCAUUAAAAUGGUUCGAAGACAACAACCUGCAAGUCCAAACCUUUAUAACUGACCAGCAUGUCCAGAUUGUAAAAUAUGUGAGAGAACAGACACCACACAUCACUCACUACUUUGAUGUCUGGCAUGUUGCAAAAGGUUUAAAGAAAAAAUUGGUAAAGAUCAGCAAGGAGAAAGACUGUACACAAGUUGGAGAAUGGAUCAAAAGCAUCACCAACCAUAUGUACUGGGUUGCAGCAUCCACUCCAAAUGGUGACAGUGAAGAAAUGGUAUCAAAAUGGUUAUCUGUUGCUAACCAUGUGCAAAACAAGCACAGAGGACAUUCUGACCAAGUUGCAAACUGUUUGCACAGUGAACUAGUUGGCCAAGACAGGAAAAAGAAAUGGUUAAAACCAGGAACCAAAGCUUGUGUUAAGACGGAAGAGCUGUUGACAGCCACAGGACUAAAAACAUCCGUUAAAAAGCUGUCACCUCUUCACCAGACUUCAGAUGUUGAAGCCUUUCAUUCAACCAUAAACCACUUCGCACCAAAGAUGGUUGGUUACUCCUUUCAUGGGAUGCACUGCAGGAUACGUUAACACACUGAUGAGAUCUGUUGGGAAAAUUGUUGAUGUAACAACUAUUCGCAAUUCAUCAGAUGUACCAAUGCCAACACCAAGACCACUGUGUGCAGCUUUCACACGACCACAGAAAACUGAUGCCAUACAAGCUAUGAAAUCAAGAUUCAGGAAGGCAGAAAUGUAGACAAUAUUGUUAAUAAAGAUAUAAGUGCUAAAAAAAUUUAUAUGACAUUUAAUGGUUGUAAUAAA